AGAAAUCAAAAACUCAAAUGGACUUUUUCUCUCUCUGCGGGGUGACGGCGAUAACAAUGGUGAUUUCAGCAUUUCGAUGAAAUUUCGUCCGAUUUUCGUGGUUCUUGGGUUUGAUUGGAUGUGUGAGGAUGAUGACAACUUUCUCUGCGGGGUGAUAUUGGAUUUUGGGAUCUUCUCACUCUCAGAUUUGAUGGGGGUGGAGAUCUUGCGGGUCGUACUGAUUCUGGAGGAUCAAUUUUUAGGCGGAUCUGGUCAGAUUAGAUAUUAUGGUAAUGUUUCUCUAAGACUUGAGGUGGAAAAUGAGGAUAUUGAGGUUAUUCAGAAUCGUUUACGAAAUCUUCAGGAUCGGCAAUUUCGAUAUGUUCCUCAGCAUCGGAUUUGCUCAUUGAUCUAGGUUUCACUAUGUCUCAAAGUCAAUGGAUUGUCAAGUCAGGAGGAAAGAAAGGUGAAGUGGUUAAGUCAGGUCUACGGGUUACGGUUCCAAGGUUCGAUAAUUCGGAACUCAUUGCGAGCUUUUCAAAAACCCUCAUUGGGCGAUGCAUGAACCCUCAAAAACAGGACAUGAAGAUCCUGUUAUUCAUGCUCCCAAGGAUCUGGAACGUGGAAGGUCGGGUGGUUGGUACUGAUCUUGGACUGGGCGUUUUCAGUUCGCAUUUGGUCUGGAGGAAGACAUUGUGGAGGUUCUUAAGAUGGAACCGUUUCAUUUCGACUCUUGGAUGGUCUCGUUGGUUAGGUGGAAGCCGGUUCUGGAACCAAAUUACCCUUCCAAGAUAAUUUUUUGGGUCAGAGUGUUGGAUCUCCCUCUCCAGUUCCGGGCGGCAGAGACUUUGCAGAGUGUGGGUCAGGCCAUUGGAACCGUUCAAGGGCAGAUGGAUCUAAUUGGUGGAAGGAUACGGGUGGAGGUCGAUGGCUUCAAGCCUUUGGUUUUCUCGGUCACGGUGGAGUUUGAGCAAGGGGUGGAAGUUACGGUGGCGCUUAGGUAUGAAAAGCUGUUUGGCUUCUGUAGAGAGUGUUAUAUGCUCACUCAUGAGCAAUCUCGAUGUCCAGCUCUGGCCAAGGAAGACACUGAAAGCUUUAUGGUUGGGGGCUCUGAUGGUGAUGGAGCAGCAGCCACGAGUUACAAAGCUGUUGUUGCCAACGAUACCAAACAGUUUGGUGAGCGGAGAGAGGCGCAUUACAAUCGUUCUCAGGCCGGGCGAGGUGGUGAUAAGGGUAAAGGUAUUGUUCGAGAGCCGCAAGGCGUCUAUAGACAGGAGGGCUCUUUCCAUCCGUACAAAGGAAAGCAUCCAAGGGGUUAUGGUGAUGGCGCUUCUUACCAAGGAAGGUACACAGGUUAUGGUGAUAGGAGGAUGGGUAUGCAGUUCCGGGGUCCUCAGCAACAGCAAUUGCGAAAUGAUGAACGGGAUCAACUUCUACAGGACCCAAAUAAGCUCAUGCUUGGUGCCUUUAAAGGCGUUAGGAGGUCUCCUGUGGCGGGUACUGUUAACAAGGUGGGGCCAGAUGGCACUGGAGCAUCUUCCUCCAAGGCUCGGAAGACAUUGUUGUUUGAAGAACCAGCUUCAACUAUUCAGAUAGGGUCCACAGAUCAAGACGUUGUGGCGGUGGGAGACACUCCGAAUAUGCAGGAAAUUCCGGUGGAGCAGAAACAAGGAGAAGUUGAGGAAGAGACAAAACUUGCUGAAGAACGGUCUUUACAUUCUCAGGCUCUGGAUGAGGCAAAUUUGAUGGUCGAUGGUGUACUCCUCUCUGACUCGGAGCUUCUGUUGGAGGAAGGAGAUGAUCAAGAAGAUUGGGAGCAAGGUGAGAUCAUGGAUUUCACGGAGGAGGAAUUGGCUUCUGAGGAUCAAGGGGUUGGUGAUCAAACGGUGCAAGAGACUGCUCAGUUUGAGACAGAUAAGCAGGUUGCGGGGGAGGGUGAUGAGGAGAAAGAUACCAGGAAGAAGGGACCAAUGCUUGAGCCUGCUGCGACGGGGGGCUCCAAGAAACGUGGAGGCCAGUCUUUUGUUUCACCACGUAAGAAGCUUCUGGCAAAGGUAGCAGCGAAGCAAGGCGACAAAGGUAUCAAGAAGGCCCCUCCAAAGGCAAAGAAUUCAGCAGCGUAAGGGGUUGAAUAAGCUAUUUUUUUGAGUCUUUGAAUAAUGUUGGAUUCGUCUAUGAAAUCCCUUAGAAUCGAGUCAGGUCCUAGCGGUUUUAAUUAUAUGUCUUUCUGUGUCUAUGGUAUUGCUUGGUUGAAUCAGAGAUAUGGUGAUCUCUUGAUAGUUUGUGAGCGGCCAGAUGGUUUUAUUAAAUGUCAUUGUCUUUUUUAUUAUAUCGAUUCUGGUGUUGGAGUUGGAUUCA